UGUGGUCAUGCAGUGGCCAAUGCCGAGCCCAGAGCAGGCAAUUGGUGCUGUCAGAACAGAGCCAGCAGCAGCUUUCUGUGCAGAAAGAAAUCCCUCUUAAAAAGACAAGACACACACACACAAAGCAAGAGAGGGAGAGAAAGAGAGGGAGGAUUUGGUUACGAAGCAGAAGAUAAGGAUGCGGAGGGAAGUGGAUGUUGCAGAGGAGGCUGCAGGGAGGUGAAAACAAACAUCUUAACAAGCCUUGUGAUCCCAGUCCCAAAAUGUAGGCGCUGAUUGAUCCGAGGGUGUCUGUGAACGCACCGUGACAUCCAAGGACUUGUUGUGUUUCAAGGAUAGUGAAGGUGGAAGGCUGCAACCUGAGAAGCACACCCUUCACUUCCACUUAGGAUGACAAAUUAGUGUUUACUAGACGAGGCGUGAAGAAUCAUCCUGAGGUUGCAGUCAGAUUCCUCACAUUCCUCCACAUGUUUUUAUUUUGCUGAAGGAUCUCUGUCUUAAGCGGCUGCUGUCUUUGUAAAUGUGCUGACCUGACAGUGUCACAGUGGGGCUUGACACCUCUUGAUGUGCUCUCGCUAUCCAGGAUCAGAUGUUGUCCACAGCUCAGCAGAUGCUGCAGGACAGCCGCUCAAAGAUCGAGCUGAUCCGACUGCAGAUUAUCAAAGUCACCCAGGCCGGUGGCGGUGGUGGAGAAGGAGGAGGAAACCAAAACAUCUCUGCUCAUGGAGAGAUUUCUGCAGUCACCGCCGGUCCUGUGGACGCUCGUUUGGCAGAGCUGCAGCACUACAUGCAAAGAGAAACCGAUGCACUGGUGCUGCACAAAGAUGUGGUGAAGCAGCUGAAAGGGAUCUCUGGACCAGAGCUGGACCAGAACACUCUGGCUGAAGCUCAGUUUCGGGUCCAGGAGUCCUCCCAGAAACUCGAACUUCUUCGAUUAUCCCUGGAAAAAUGCCUGCAGGAAAAGAACCUCGAGGCUCCACGCCUGCCUGCGGGGGGGAUUGAUCCUCCGGAUGAAACGCUGUCAUCAAAAGACCCCAAACCCGCGUGUCGGCUCUCCAGCUCGCCGUCCAUCUUCUCCAUCCGACCCGCGUCUCUCACUGGCAAACUUGAAGUAAGACUUCUGGGAUGUGAGGAUUUAUUGAAAGCCCAGUCAGACUCGGAGCAGGAAAAUCCUUUGGUUCCUUCUGAAAACGGUUCGGCUGUUCCUCAUGAGACUGACGGAUCAACAACAGAGGUCAGCGCAGUGCUUCGGCUGGACGGCAGGGUGGUCAGCCGGACACGCUGGGCAGCAGUCCGCAGGCUGAGCUGGGAUCAGGCCUUCUACAUCCAGCUGGAGCGGUCUCGAGAGCUGGAGGUUUGCGUGUUCUGGCGGCACCGGAGGGCGAUGUGUGCAGUCAAGCUCCUGCGACUGGAGGAGGUGAUGGAAAACCCAAAUCACAACCAGGGGUUCAACCUGGAACCGCAGGGCCUCCUGCACAUCCAGUUUCAGUUCAUCGACACCGUGGUGGAGCGGCAGCCAAAACUGAGACGUCAGCGCUGCAUUUUCACUAAAGAGAGAGGAAAGAAUUUCCUCCGAGCUGCUCAGAUGAACAUGAACUUUGCCACAUGGGGUCAUCUGAUGAUGAGCAUCCUCCCUCACUACAGCUCCUUCACCACCUUCAGCUCACAUCUCUCCACGACGUCCGACCUGAUCGGAAACAGCACCCCCCAUCCGACGGAAAAGAAGCCAGAGCUGACAUCUUCACUGCCAAGCGAAACUCCGUUAAUCAGAUUGAGUGUCUGUGAGGACCAGCCGCCUCCCAUCAGCCUCGAGCAGCAAGAAAGCUCUCCCAACGUCAUCACCACAGAAGACAAAACAUCUUCAGUGCCUGCACUGCAAGAAAAACGGAUAUCCGUACACCAUCCAUCCAGUCUAAACACUGCAGAAGAAUGUGAGGAUCAGCCUGUAUCUGCCCUGAAGAUGAAGGUUGAAGAUUUUAAAUAUACGUCAGUUCUGGGACGUGGACACUUUGGAAAGGUGCUACUGGCUGAGUUCAAGAAGACAGGAAGACUGUUUGCCAUUAAAGCCUUGAAGAAAAGAGACAUUGUGACUCGUGAUGAAAUGGACAGCCUUAUGAGCGAGAAGAGGAUCUUUGAGAUGAUCAACGCCUCCAGACACCCAUUCUUGGUCCACCUUCACGGCUGCUUCCAGACCUCUGACCAUGUGUGUUUUGUCAUGGAGUAUUUACCAGGCGGCGACCUGAUGAUCCACAUCCACAGUGAUGUCUUCUCAGAAGCACAGACCAGGUUCUAUUCAGCAUGUGUCCUGCUGGGUUUAGAGUUCCUGCAUCUGAAUAAAAUCAUCUACCGAGAUCUGAAGCUGGAUAACAUACUGAUGGAUGCUGAGGGAUUUGUGAAAAUAACAGACUUUGGACUUUGUAAAGAAGGGAUGGGUCAUGGAGAUCAGACCUCGACCUUCUGUGGAACUCCAGAGUUUCUCGCCCCCGAGGUCCUGACUGAUGACACCUACACCCGAGCCGUGGACUGGUGGGGGAUGGGGGUCCUCAUCUAUGAGAUGCUUGUUGGAGAGUCUCCCUUUCCUGGUGAAGAUGAAGAGGAGGUGUUUGACAGCAUCGUAAAUGAUGACGUGCAGUACCCAACAUCUCUUCCCACUGAUGCCAUCUCCAUCAUGCAGAAGCUGUUGAAGAAGAACCCUAUGAAAAGGCUCGGAGCUGGAGAGAGAGAUGCAAACGAGGUCAAAGGAGAGAAAUUCUUUGAGACUAUUGACUGGGAAGCCCUGAUGGCCAAGAAGUUAAAGCCACCUUUCGUGCCGUCGAUCAAGGAGCCCACAGAUGUCAGCAACUUUGACAGCGACUUCACUCGCCUCCAGCCGGUCCUUUCUCCUCCCUCCAAGCCCUUCAGCCUCUCGACAGACCAGCAGGAGGCUUUUGCAGACUUUGACUUCUGUGCUUUGCAUGGUUGAACGAAGGUCUAGAGAGACCAGGAGGCAGAAAUUAGCAGCAACUUGUCGGUGUUACUGUCCAGUUCGACGGGUAACAAACAAGUACCAAAUAUGCAUGUUGCCAGGUAUGAUUAUUCAGUGUUUCCUUCAGUGAUAGAAGUUGCAAGAACACUGACGUUAUUAUUUGUUCUAGUGCUGUAUUAGCUGGUCAAUAAUACAGUAAACCGAAGUAAAAUUUGUCAUUAUUAUCAUUAACAAAACCUCACUCUAGACUCUGGUAACAUUGUUUUGCUCUCGCCUGUAACACCAUUUAGACCUCAGUGACGGAUUAUAAAAGACAAACAGUUGUCAGAAAGAAACAAAAGACUAGGCAUAGUGUAGCAGAAAGUGGUAUUGAUCUGUUUUAACAAGCAGGACUUUCAUCUUUUAAUCAGUUUAAAUCUCACUGGAUGAUAUUUAAAGAAUGUCUCUUGACCCAGUCUUGACUGCAUCUUUGAAUGAAAAACCUUUCUGGUCGUUUCUGCAGCUCAAUUAUUUACAGACAGCACAAAGCUAUCAAUACAAUAACGCUGACUGUUUUCAGCCAUCGUACAAUCAACAACUAGCUGUCGAUUAGUUAAACAAUUGGUUAUUUUUAACAGAGCAGAGGACGUGACGAUAGACACUAUAAUCUGUGUGGGGGUUCAGACUUUGAUUCGACUUUUAAUCCUAAACAAAAACACACUUUGUUUUUUUAUCAGAGCAUUUUUUUCUGUGAAACAUAUCUGGUCUGAUGAAAUAUGUUUCACUGAGAUGAAUGUAGGAUGCUUGAAGAAAAUUACAUUAUUUAAUAUUUUGUAAACAUUUUCUAUUUUACUUUUCUAGUUUAUCAAGAACAAAAAAAACGCAAAUUAACUGUAGAGAUGCAACACGUUCAGUACAGAUGUGUUUCAAAUGUCCACUUUCUCACUCUACUCACUAUAUAAAGUAAAAAGUUGCAUAUAAGGAAUAAUAAUAAUAAUUAAUAUUAAUUUAGACUUUAUUGAUCUCACAAUGGAGAAAUUAUUCUCUGCAUUUAACCCAACCCUUAGGGAGCAGUGCUGCUCUCAAACCACUAGGAUACCACUCCUCCAUAAUGAAUGACUUUCUUGUCUAUGUACAGUGAACAUGGGAACGAUGAAGUGAGGUGCAAUCAGAAAAAGUGAAAAACUACAUUACACACACUACUAUAUACAAAAAUAAAUAUAAAUCGAGUAUCAGGCAUACAAGUAAAAACCACAUUGAAAAGUCAAAUUGUUCUGUCGUAUAACACAAACAAGGCAGAAACAAUUAAAUCAAAUUAAAUCAGUAAAACAAAUGGAAAUAAGUUAACCUAAGUAGAAAAAGUAUUCAUUGGCAUGAUAUUAUAUGUGAUUUGGACAUAUUAAUGUUUUUUAAGGAGCCUUACUGCCGUGAGAAAGAAAGUUAUUGAACAACAAAGUUUUUGAUUUAAUAGACCUGAAACAUCUGCCAGAAGGUAACAGUUCAAACCGAUGGUCAGCAGGGGAGCAAAAAGUACUUUAAGAUGUUGUUGGCUCUGGAGAUCUGCAGAGAGUGAUUGGCGACUGUUGCCAAUGUCUGUAAUGGAGGGCAGGAGUACCUCCUGUGACUUUUCAGCAGUCUGUGAUUCUCUGGAGAGAUUUUUUGUCAGCAGUAGAAAAUCCAGAGUACCAAAACAGUGAUGCUGUAUGGUAACAUGCUCUCAAUGGAGGCUCUGUAGAAGGACAACAGCAGCUCAUCGCAUAAGUUUUUAUUUCUGAGGAUCCUCAGGAAUACAGUCGUGAGUUUAUAAUGAGAAAAGGAGGGGCUCAACAUGCAGCCCUGUGGAACGCCGGUAAUGAGACUGAUGAUGGAAGAGAAUAUAUUGGGAAGCGGUAAACACACUAAUAAAAAAUCAUUUGGUAUACGUGAAUACAAUGAAAAAAUUAUCUGUUUUUUCUACUAGCCCAGAACACAGCAUAUGCUUCUGUAUUUACACUUGGUUCUCCUACCCUGGACCAAUAUGACCAAUACAUAGACUCACCUGGUUUGUAGUGACAGGUUCUGGUUCGCUUGGAGUUUUCUCUGUGUGAAAAGAAACCGUUAACAAACUCAACAACUGAUUCGCACUAAAGUAAACAAGUUAUGGAUGUGAAACGACCUUACAGUUAGAAAAACAUCCAUGUGUUUUCACUGGAAAAUGUUUUCCCCUCUUGUUUUCUCGUCCCUCUCAUCUUCUGCUCCUCUGUACGUAGGGACGCAGUUGGCAGUGUUGAAAUUAUUAAAGUAAAAAAACUUGAACUGAUCCUAAGAGCAAGACUUUGAAAAUGUGAUCUCAAGAAUGGUCUUGAGACUAAAGCCAUAAGCGGUCUCCAAUACCAGAAUAACAGGCUGUUAGCUUGACUAUGAAUGAGUAGCUGUUAAUUCAACUAUGAGUUGCUGUGACCUUGACAGUUUGAUUAGGUAUUAGCGCUACUAUAAGUAGCUGUUAACGUUGACUGUUAGCUCAACUAUGAGUAGCUGUUGAAUGUAACUGUAGCUAGCUGUUAGCUUGACUCUGAGUAGCUUUUAGCUUUGAGUGACUUUUAGCUUGACUAUGAGAAGCUGUUAGCUUGACAUUGAUUAGCUACUAGGCUCCCACUGUAAGAUACUGACUCUUCCACAAUGGCUCCAAGCGAAAAAUUAAAUAAAUACAAAUCUGUAAAAUAUGUUUUCUAGCUUGGUGCUAAUUUUAUGGUUCAAGUGGAAAGUCUCCCUGAAAUCACUAGCAGAGCUAAAUUUGUUUAAAACAAUAGAAUCUUUGACAUAACUUAGGGCUUAACACUACAUUUUGUCUGUCAAUCUGUUACAUCGUUUUAAGAAAAUUACAAUAUAUUCAGUCAUAUAUCUGUAAAUAAAUUAGUCUAAUUUAUUUAUACCAAACCAGCCAAUCAAGGCCUUUUAAACCUCCUGGUGUUUAGUACAGAUUUAGCUUGCUGUUUGGCCUUUGCUUAUUUAUUUAUUUACAAUACUUAACCUUUAGGGAAACCUUCUGUGCUGCCGUUUCUAUGCAUCACUGUGACAGGCUUUGCUCACUGCCUUGACAAAUGAAUAAGUUAACCCAAUGUCUGAUUUUAGGUAGCGAAGACACGCAGUAACAUAUCAGUCUCUUCCAGACCAACUCUAGAGGUACAUGACACCAUUGUUAACUUGUGCACUAGAAAUUCUGUAAUAGCUAGCAGUAUAAAAGAAGCCAUAAAUAAUCUACUAUAGCCAUAAUAGUAGUUAAAUGUCUGCAUAUUUAUUUUUGCAAGUGGAAAUGCUGCGCUACUGAGUUUAGAUUGGCAAUAUUAGGGCAAAAUAAUGAAAAGAUGACAAGAGCAACAGGGAGUUUUUGAGGAAGAAUGCUGAGAUUAAAAAAAUGCACCAUACACAAAAUAUUUCUUUAUAGUUUCUUAGUGAUGUGUUUUCAACAAACCAUUUUUACAUCAGUUUUUGGUCCAUUGAUGAAUUCUACUGUUUGGUCAAAAUUCAACAGGUUAACAGUACCAAAGCACUCUGCUGUAGUCUGUCCGUAAAGCACUUUACCCUGCAGCUGGCUUUUAAAUUUAGACAGGCUACAUUCGGUGAAUGUAGCAUGAUGUUACCUGAAAUUCUUCUACUUGAGACAAAUUUUUGUCCUGCAAAUUAGAAAUCCCAAAUGAGUUAAAUGUUGUCAAACUUAGGGAGCCCAAAUUUUUGCCAAAUUACAUGUUCACAAAACACAGAAAUGAUAAAAUGAUAACAUGUGUAAAAAUCUUUAAGCAGGAGAUAUAAGAGCAGCAUAGAUGUUCACUAUUUAUGCAUUGCAGCGGUAAUUGUAAAUGUGCUGCAUUGUAAAUGGGAUUUUUCUAAGAAUGGCUGAAAUAUUCUUUAUUCCUGACACAAAAAAUAAAAUUAUUUACUCUUCCUCGUCCUUCACACCUAUGGAGUCAGAAUCAACAACAACCAUGGCACCUGAUCUCUUUUCUAACAUAAAAUAGCUGAAAUUAAGUUUUAAAAAAUUCAUUCAGGAACAACACAAACAUCAGAAACAUAAAGUUUCCAAUAUUUCAUUUAUUCAUCGUUGUGACGUUUAAACAGAAAGCUGAUUGGACAGAGGUAAAACUCUGAUUUUCAUGUAAAAACACAUUAAUUGACCCGACGACUCAGAACAUUAUUUUAUGUCUCCAAUUAUCAAUUUGCUACAACAUGUUGGAUUCAUACUAAUAUGUGUUUAAAUAGAUAAUUUUAAAAAUGAAAAAAAUCUCAAAAUCUCAUGACCCCACUGCAGUACCUUCACAGACCUACUAGAGGUCACGACACCCUUGUUGAAGACCUCUGCUUUAAUGACAAGAUCCUGAGGGAUUGUCCCUGAGCUCCACUGGGUAUUUUGUUCAGCUAAACCAGGAAGUUGCAGCAGGACAUUUAGCAAACUUGUAGCACUUUAAGCUGCUGCUGAAUAUUACAUGUUAUAUGUUUGUCCGAAAUGCAUUUAAAUGUCUGUGUGAAGCAUCCCAAGUAGGAAUGUCAGUCUGUACAGACGUACCCCAUCACAACAUGCAUAUCAAAUGUGUUUUAAUGUACUUAAUAAAUACAAACAAAUCAGUACAGUAAAAAAA